GGUUGACCAGCUCAGGUCAAUUUACGUUCGAACGGUACCACGGAGAGAAAUAAUUAACUUUUACUUACUUAGUGCUGUUCAAAUAGCGUGCUUGGCGGGUAUGUGAAAGAUGCGAAAUAGACGGAUGAUAACAGACUUUCAUUGGUCCCGUCGCAUCUUUUUCAUGUGAUUUACAAAACCCCCUUCAAAGAGAAGUCAAAGAAGAAAGAUAAGUUUGUUUACCCUAUUUGGAUUAUAUUUAUUCCAAUAGUCAUGUCCACUAAAUUAAGAGUAGCUUUAGCAAUAUUAACUGUGAUAAAUGUUUGCCAGUGCGCAAACAUUCUAAUGAUAACAAUGGGAGGCACCAAGUCCCAUAAAAUCCCCUACUGGGAAUUGGCGAGAGGUCUGAUUCCACGGGGUCAUAAUAUUACAUUUAUAAGUCCUUUCCCUGCCGACUUUUUCAUGCCUGGAUUAGAAGAAAUCACGCCGGCCGGCUUGGUGUUUUACGUUAGGAACUUCACUAAUUGGGAUUUGGUUGGUGCGAGGAUGCGAGGCGAGGAGCCCGUGCAUCCGUUAGAUGUAAUAAGAUAUCCUUCUGAGGCGUGCGACGAAAUGUACUCAGAUCCGGAAAUGAAAGAUUAUCUAUUCUCAAAACCAGACGUGGACCUCAUUAUAAUGGAUGGAGCUUUUCCGGAAUGUUCGCUUGGUUUAGCCCAUCACUUCAAGAAGCCUUUCAUCUAUAUCAAUACUGUGGCGUUUUACACGUUUUCCUUAUCGAUGGCGGGGAAUCCAGUAUUGUAUUCUGUCACGCCAUUCUUGGCGCAACCUUUGACCGACAAGAUGAACGUCUUCCAAAGAACUUGGAACACUCUCUGGUAUGUGGGGAUAGAGUCUAUUCACACAUACACCAUAAACUACAUGGUUCAGAAUGUCUUGUACAAGCAUUUUGGGAAAAGCAUCUCGACUAUUCAGGACAUGACCAAAAACGUCAGCUUCAUCUUACAAAAUGGACAUGUCACAAUGACUUACCCUAGACCGUAUCUACCUAACGUAGCAGAGAUCGCUUGCAUCCACUGUAAACCAGCCAAAGCAUUACCUUACAACUUGGAGAAGUUCAUCAACGGAAGCGGCGAUGCAGGUUUCAUUUACGUUAGCAUGGGAUCAUCGGUGCGAGCAGCGAAUAUGCCAGAGUAUCUUAGGCGGAUGUUGAUUUAUGUAUUUAGACAACUGCCUCAGAGAGUACUGUGGAAAUGGGAGGCCGAUGAUGAUAUGCACGAUUUAUCUGAUAACGUCAUGCUAGGCCGUUGGUUACCUCAACAAGAUAUAUUAGGACAUCCAAAGAUCAAGGCGUUCGUAACUCAUGGCGGUCUGCUGAGCAUGUUCGAGACCGUUUAUCAUGGAGUGCCGAUUGUAACAAUGCCCGUCUUCUGUGAUCACGAUUCAAAUGCGGCCAAGGCGGAGGUGGACGGAUACGCUCUGAAAUUGGAGUUGUCCACGUUAACAGCGGAAUCUCUACUGUGGUCUAUUAAAAAAGUAAUCCACGAUGGCAAGUAUAAACAGGAAGUGAAGCGCAUGCAGUAUUUACUGAAGGACCAAAAGGAAAGUCCGCUGGAUCGGGCUAUCUAUUGGACGGAAUACGUGAUCCGACACAGAGGGGCACCUCAUUUACAAUCCACCGCCAAAGACCUCAACUUCGUGCAGUACUUCCUUCUGGAUGUCAUCGCUAUCAUUGUACUUUCGCUGUGCAUCAGCUGGUUCAUAAUGAAAUGGUGUUUGAAAUUUAUUUAUAGAUUGUUGAUGGGUAACGUUAAUUUUUACAUGUUUAGGAAAAGCAUUAAAAUAGAUUAGGCUGUACUAAAAUUGUGUUGU